GCCUUGGCGUUUCCGCUGUACGCUUCAGGGUUCCGCGCGCUCUUUACGUCCGGAGCCUCUGGAGUAGGCGUUUCCGGCCAUUCAUAACUCUUAGUUGGUGGGUCUUCGCUUGUCUAAUAUUGUGCACUAUCGGACCAAGGGAGUAACAGCGCCGCUAGGAUGAAGCUCGUGAGAUUUUUGAUGAAAUUGAGUCAUGAAACUGUAACCAUUGAAUUGAAGAAUGGAACACAGGUCCAUGGAACAAUUACAGGUGUAGAUGUCAGCAUGAAUACACAUCUUAAAGCUGUGAAAAUGACCCUGAAGAACAGAGAACCUGUACAGCUGGAAACAUUGAGUAUUCGGGGAAAUAACAUUCGAUACUUUAUUCUGCCAGACAGCUUACCUCUGGAUACACUACUUGUGGAUGUUGAACCUAAGGUGAAAUCUAAGAAAAGGGAAGCUGUUGCAGGAAGAGGCCGAGGCCGAGGAAGAGGAAGAGGACGUGGCCGUGGAAGAGGAAGAGGGGGCCCUAGGCGAUAAUGUGUCUCUUGAUUACUGUUUGAAAGUGAUAAAUGAUUUUGAGAUUUUUUUGUACAGGUUUUGUUUGUUUGUCAGUUUUUAAUAAACAUAAGUGUGGGACA